AUGGCGCCGCAUACUGUUGCGAAGAAGGAACCACCAGCCCCGGUGCUCGAAGAAUCUUCAGCAGAACCACGGUGCUUGAGCUCCAAGAAUGACGCUCCCAGUUACUGGGACGCGGACGAAGAGGCGUCUUACGCGUCCGACCUCCGGUCCUCCUCCUACCUGGUGAUCAACAACCGCCACGGGCGCCCUCCUGCACCACACCCGCCCGCCGACUCAUACCCGGUGUCCUCUCAGUCAUCUCACUACUGGCCUUCAUCUACUCAAAUGGACGACUUCGAGCCCUCCGACCCCGGGAUGUCCAUCGUCACUUCGGGGGUGUAUUACCCGCCGCCGUCACCGCCACCAGCACCCGAACGAGACCCCGCGUGUCUCAAAGACAUCAACUACGGACCUGGGCACGAAAAGUUCCCGUCGUGGCCGAUGCCACCGGCCCCGGUCAACAAAAGCAGCAACCCCAACGGCAGCCAGCGCACAAAGUCCUGGACUGACCAGACCGAGUACCCGAAAGAAAAAGCCCGACCUUACUUGCGACCGUGGAUGGUGAAGAAGCAGCCGGUUUGGGCGGAACCCGGUUUGCCUGAUCCCGGGGAUUUCCCAGCGCAAAAGCUGAGGCGUCCGAGGGCGCCGUUGCCGCCGUUGGACAAAGACGGGCGGCAGUACGGGGACGUGGAUUACAACCUGCCGUCGCCGCCGGAGCGGGAUUCUUCGCACAGGGAGAAAUGGCGGGAGCCGGACUGA